GCAGUGCAAAAGGCGCCCUGAUUUCCCAACAUGCUGUGUUUUCAUGUGAGACAGUCUGGAUUUCGGCAGCUGGAAGGGUUUGGAAUCAAUGCUGACGGCUGUGAGAACGCGGCCCGGAGCUCGCGCCAGCAGUAGAACUGCCACCGCGCGGAGGCUAGUGAAGCUGCCCCUGGAUCAAUCCUUCCCCCCCCCCCCUGACACUGGGAGGGUUCUGGUUGCUGAUUGAGUCAGGAGGGUCUCAUUCAGUGAAACACUCAACGGACGGGCGAGUCCGACUGCAACAAAGUGAACGUACACGUAAAAAGAGGUACACGCUUCGGAGAUGCCUCUCUUCACCGCCAAUCCAUUCGAUCAAGAUGUUGAGAAAGCAACAAGUGAAAUGAAUACUGCAGAGGACUGGGGCCUCAUACUGGACAUCUGUGACAAAGUUGGGCAGUCUCGUACUGGGCCAAAAGACUGCUUAAGGUCCAUUAUGAAAAGAGUGAAUCACAAGGAUCCUCAUGUUGCUAUGCAGGCACUAACUCUGCUAGGAGCAUGUGUAUCAAACUGUGGCAAAAUAUUUCACCUUGAAGUCUGCUCGAGGGACUUUGCAAGUGAAGUAAGCAAUGUCUUAAAUAAGGGGCACCCAAAAGUUUGCGAAAAGCUUAAAGCCCUCAUGGUAGAAUGGGCAGAAGAAUUUAAGAAUGACCCCCAACUUAGUCUUAUAUCUGCAAUGAUAAAAAACCUGAAGGAACAAGGAGUUACAUUUCCUGCUGUCGGUUCUCAGGCUGCAGAACAGGCAAAGGCAAGUCCUGCCUUGGUAGCCAAGGACCCCAAUGUAACAGCAAACAAAAAAGAGGAGGAGGACUUGGCAAAAGCCAUUGAGUUAUCGUUGAAAGAACAAAGACAGCAGCAGACCACUGUCUCCAGUCUGUAUCCAAACACAUCAAGCCUUGUGACCAGCAAACCUGAAGGACGGAAGGUGCGAGCCAUCUAUGACUUUGAAGCUGCCGAAGAUAAUGAGCUCACCUUUAAAGCUGGAGAGAUAAUUACUGUACUAGAUGACAGUGAUCCAAAUUGGUGGAAAGGUGAAACAUAUCAAGGUAUUGGAUUAUUUCCAUCGAAUUUUGUGACAGCAGACCUAACAGCAGAACCAGAGAUGCUGAAAACUGAGAAGAAAACGGUACAAUUUAGUGAUGAGGUACAAGUUGAAACACUGGAACCAGAACCUGAACCAGUUUAUAUUGAUGAAGAAAAGAUGGAUCAUCUACUACAGAUGUUGCAGAGUGCUAACCCCACUGAUGGUCAGCCAGACCCAACAGAUCUACUGCAUCUAGAAGGUAUCUGUCACCAAAUGGGACCACUCAUAGACCAGAAGUUAGAAGAAAUUGACAGGAAGCAUUCUGAACUGUCAGAUCUAAAUGUGAAAGUGAUGGAGGCUCUAUCUUUGUAUGCUAAAUUGAUGAAUGAAGAUCCAAUGUAUUCCAUGUAUGCCAAACUCCCAAAUCAGCAGUAUUACGUGCAACCAUCCUCUGUAGCAGUCUCACAGCAGGUAUAUUCAGGACAGCCUCCCAGUGGCACUUAUGUAGUAUCUGGUACACAUCAAAUGGCUUCAGUCCAGGGUUAUAGUCUUUCAGCAGAUCACAUUCCAUCACUUAGUCAAACUGGUCUCCCACCAGCAGCAAGUUCAGCCCUGUCCACCCAGCAAACUCUGACAUCUUAUACCAAUGCUAUGCCAGCAAACACAUACAUAAAUCAGGCACCUGUCUAUAGUCAAACUGCCCCUUCAAAUGUUGACGUCUCUAAUUACCAGAGUACAGGCUUAAAUGGACAACAGAUGCCAAGCUACAGUGUUUCUUCGACAACCCAUGGCCAACAGUCUAGCAAUCAGCAACAAUCACCUUACUCACAGAAAGCACUUCUAUAGGGGAUAUAAUAUUUCUCAUCAGUCUUAUCCUUAUUGCUGGCUGAGAAUAAACAGGCAGUACUUCAAUUUACAGCAAUUAAAAUGUCAUCGAUAUGCGCCGACUGCACUGAACUUUUUUUCUUAAAACAGAACCACCUAAUACUAAAGGAGGACAAAUGGUAAGCUACCCAUGAAAAAGCAUCAUGUUCUUAAAAUGACUACAGCUAUUUAUGCUGAGGAUAUUCUCCUAUUUCAUGGAUUAAAAUGGAACUGAUAAGCUGUUAUGUGUACAUAAUGUUGGUUUAUUGCAUUAGUAUUAAAUUUGAUAGCCAUAAGUGAAAAUGUGAAGAUAAACUGUUGCAGUUGAUUAAGAAAUUUAAUUCAUGGUGGAUUUAAAAUUAGAUUAUCAAUUUUUUGUAGUAAUUUUAAUUUAUAUAUAUUAUAUAAAAUAGAUAAUGUUUCAUCGUCCCUAUGAUGUGAAGGAUCAAAUCUACAUUGCCACGUUUUGCACUCUGUCGAAAAAGGCCUCUCAGAUGCCCGCAAUGAUGCUUUGCUCAUUCUGGUUCAAAAGGAAGUCAAAUGAGUUAUUACAGUACUUUCUAUGCAUUUUAUUUUGCUGCUUUUUCACCUCCAGUGACUCUGCUUUGGCUUUUUAUAAAAACAUUGUUAUAACAUGUUUUUAUAAAAUUACCUUAUUCACCAUAUGCCUAAUCUAACUUAAAAAAAAAAUUGGGAUUUAUUUUUCAAAUGGUCAGAAGCAUAUUUAUGACUCAUUACAACUAUAUGCAGUUUAAAGCUCAGCAAUAUUAUCCUUGUCUCCUCUUUCUAUUGUUUCUUCAGGGUAUGAGUAGCAAAUUACUGUUAUCCUUAGUAAGCUAAGUAAGGGAAAAAGUAAUUCCACUCAAAUCUAAAGUUAGUGUGAAAACUUGAAUACUAAUUCUCCUGGCAAAUAAUUUUAAAAAGUAUAUAUUGUGCACUACACUGGUGGCCCAGGAGGUUUAUUUUUUGCAAGUAGCUCCAGGUACUAAUAUCUAACCACCAAAGACCUAGCUUUAAAACAAAAGCUGCUCUUGAUCACUGUUCAUAAUUGGAGUAAAACUUUCAUUGAUUGGGAUUGUGGGAUCUGAUUGCUUCUGCAAUAAUGGUUAGAAAUAGUGAGAAUUAGAAUUUGAUUGACAAUAUUCCAAUACUAAUUUUCUUGGCCAAUUGUUUCAAAAUUGUAAUUUAAAGUAGUGUUGUGUACCACCUUUGUAAGAACUAUCAAUACUAUUGAGAAACUUCCUAAUCUAUCUUUUGAAUUUGAGUCCCCUUCCCACUUAUAGACUUUCACUGAGGGGUGUUAUCUAUUUUCAGUGUAUAAAUGGACUUGGUGAGUAAUGUGGAGAGGAACAAUCAGGUUUGCAGACUAGUGGACUUUUCUUCUAGAAUUGCUCUUCUUUUAAAGUCACUACUUUUGUCUAAGAAUGACACAGUUGUAUUUCUGUUCCAACAUCAUUUAUCAUUGUUUGUAAAUAAAUUUUAGAAAGUUGUUGUUGUACAACCUUUCAAAAAGAUGGUGCUCCUUUAAUCUAGUACCUAUAACUGGAGGUGUGAAAUUUGCAAAUAUUUGUUGCAUUUACACUUUAACUUCUUGAAGUUGAUAUUUUAUUUGCUUUGAAAAUUAAAGAAGAACAUCAUAUUGUUCUCUCAAUGUAAUGCAGUAUCAGCCAAAUGUAAUUCAACUAGUGUAAUUCAAAAAGUACGUUAAUAUAUAGGUUAACAGAUGUAAACAUCUUUUUUUUCUGCUGUUCAUUACUAAAUUCACAAAAAUUGUCAAUGGUCCAUAAUUUUGCAAAUACAGUUAAAAUGUUUACCACAGGCUAAUUGUAAAAUGCUGAUUCAGUUGUGUUCAGUUUCCCAUUUACACAAAUUAUUUUGGAAUGAACUUGUUAGAAAAUGAGGAAAAGAUCUGUGUACAAGAUGUUAAAACCAUUUUAUUGAUGGAUGCUUAAGUAUGUUUCAUCAUAUGAAGUUUUAAACUAAGCUUAUGCUGUUAAAUGACUUGAAAGCGUGUUUGUAUAAUCUUUGACCUUGUUAGCUGUCAAAUAAGUUGUAACAAGAAUGGCUGAGUUCAAUGCAACAAUUCUAAGGCAUCUCAUAAGAUUUCUUAUUCUAUUGCAUGUCAUGGGUUCAGAAAAGUGAAAAUACUGAAUCUUCAUUGAGAGAGAGUUUCACAGUUGACCUGUGAUCAACUAAAUGGUUUAAAUAAAUAGUUUAACAGAUAUUGUCCUGAUGUCUGUGAAUUCAAUUGGUGUUGUGUCAGAAUUAUAAGUUUCUGUUCUCUGUGAGUUCCACUAUAAACCACCAUAAAAUUGUUUUUGGUAAAAGCCUU